AGAUUAAAAGAUUUGGUGAGAUGGCCCGCAAACUAAGGUUUUUCAGAGAACAAAUGUUAAAGGCAGGUUUGUCACCUUCAGCAGGUUCUGUCACGCAAAUUGAUAUUGAUGUGGAUGACCUUGAGGUGAAACUUGGAGAACUUGAAGUUGAGCUGAAUGAAAUAAAUUCGAACAAUGAAAAGUUGCAACGUUCUUAUAGUGAACUGUUAGAAUAUAAGCUUGUUCUGGAGAAGGCUGGUGAGUUUUUUCAUCUAGCCCAUAGCAGUGCUACAGCUCAGCAGAGAGAAUAUGAAUCAGGCCAGACUGGUGAAGAAUCCUUGGAGACUCCGCUGUUGUCGGAGCAGGAAAUGGCAACUGACCUAUCUAAGCAAGUUAAGUUGGGGUUUAUCGCUGGCCUUGUUCCGAGGCAGAAAUCUAUGGCGUUUGAGAGGAUUAUAUUUCGUGCUACCAGGGGAAAUGUGUUUCUGAACCAGGUUGCUGUUGAGGAUGCUGUCAUUGAUCCUGUUUCAGGAGAGAAGGUUGAGAAAAAUGUGUUUGUGAUCUUCUUUUCUGGAGAUAGAGCAAAGAACAAAAUUCUUAAAAUAUGUGAAGCAUUUGGAGCAAAUCGCUACCCUUUCCCAGAGGACCUGAGCAAACUAUCUCAAGUGAUCACAGAGGUCUCUGCAAGACUCUCAGAACUAAAGACUACAAUAGAUGCUGGGCUGCUGCAACGUCACCAUUUGUUACAAACUAUUAGUGAACACUACGAGCGGUGGAACAUUUUGGUGAGGAGAGAGAAAGCCAUUUACCACACCCUAAAUAUGCUUAGCAUUGAUGUAACGAAGAAGUGCCUGGUGGCAGAGGGGUGGAGCCCUAUUUUUGCAACAAAACAGAUUCAGGAUGCAUUGGAACGAGCAACUUAUGUCUCCAACUCGCAAGUUGGUGCCAUUUUCCAAGUUUUGCAUACGAAAGAAUUACCUCCUACUUAUUUUCAGACAAACAAGUUUACUUCUUCUUUUCAAGAGAUUGUUGAUGCCUAUGGGGUAGCCAGGUAUCAAGAAGCAAAUCCUGCUGUCUUCACUAUUAUCACAUUUCCAUUUCUUUUUGCAGUCAUGUUUGGUGACUGGGGGCAUGGUAUCUGCCUGCUACUUGCAACAUUGUAUUUUUUAGUCAGGGAAAAGAAACUAUCCAGUCAGAAACUUGGAGACAUCAUGGAGAUGACCUUUGGCGGUCGAUAUGUAAUUUUGAUGAUGUCACUCUUCUCAAUCUACACAGGUUUUAUCUAUAAUGAAUUCUUCUCAGUUCCAUUCGAAUUAUUUGCUCCCUCAGCCUAUGCGUGCCGUGAUCUUUCUUGCAGUGAAGCUACUACUAUAGGCUUGAUCAAGGUGCGUGACACUUACCCAUUCGGCGUAGAUCCUGAAUGGUAUGGUUCCCGCAGCGAGUUGCCAUUUCUUAACUCGCUGAAGAUGAAAAUGUCCAUCCUUAUUGGUGUAGCUCAAAUGAAUCUUGGAAUAAUUAUGAGCUAUUUCAAUGCCAAAUACUUUCGAAAUAGCGUGAAUAUCUGGUUCCAAUUUAUUCCUCAAAUGAUAUUUUUAAAUGGUCUGUUUGGCUACCUUUCCCUCCUUAUCAUUGUAAAGUGGUGCACUGGUUCACAAGCUGAUCUAUACCACGUAAUGAUAUACAUGUUCCUCAGUCCUACUGAUGACCUAGGUGAAAAUCAGCUUUUUGCUGGCCAGAAGACAGCUCAGCUUGUGCUAUUACUGCUAGCCCUUGUUGCUGUCCCAUGGAUGCUGCUCCCAAGGCCUUUUAUUUUGAAGGCACAGCAUACCAAUAGGCACCGGGGUCAGUCCUAUACAUCCCUUCAGGGCACAGAAGGCUCUUUGCAGUUGGAGGCGAAUCAUGAUUCUCAUGAUCACGAGGAGUUUGAGUUUAGUGAAGUUUUUGUACAUCAACUCAUACAUACCAUAGAAUUUGUGCUUGGGGCAGUCUCAAAUACUGCUUCAUACCUUCGUUUGUGGGCCCUCAGCCUUGCCCACUCCGAGUUGUCAACUGUAUUCUAUGAGAAGGUUCUUCUUCUUGCUUGGGGGUACAACAAUGUACUUAUCCUUAUUGUUGGCAUCAUUGUGUUCGUCUUUGCAACUGUUGGUGUGUUGCUAGUGAUGGAAACACUUAGUGCUUUUCUGCACGCAUUACGACUUCAUUGGGUGGAGUUCCAAAACAAGUUUUAUGAGGGUGAUGGGUACAAGUUCUCUCCAUUCACAUUCACCGUAGUUGGGGAUGAUGAGGAAUGAUAUGUUGAAUAAAAGUUCAAUUGUUGGGAAAAAGUUGAUUGUGCAUAGGUGCGGGAUCUAUUUGAUUUUUCCAUUUGGAUGAGGAUGCAUUGAGAUAUGGCGAUGGAACUGUACCUUCGAGGCGUGGUGGAUGAAGCUUUUGCAUUGUGUACCUGUGCCCUGCCCCUUCUUAUCCCAGUUGGCAAUCUAUUUCAUAUUUUAAGGAAUAAGCAGCCCCAUAGCAAGGCCUGCAGGUAUGUAUAUAAUUGAAGUGACAACCAUGUGCCAUGGUUAGACUGUAUGAUAAGUUGUAGUUAAUUGGAUUGUUCAUUUAAUUUCAAUCGUGGACUAGCUACGAUUUGUUGUAGUGUUAUGGGUAUGUGUACUGGGAUGACAGUCUUCAUUAGAAAACUAUUCGUUUGAUGUUAUGAUUUGAAGAGAAUUUUUUGUGACCCUUGUCCACCAUGGCUAAGCACAGUAAAGAGACUAUUUUCAAGUAUUUUUACCCCUGCGGAUUUAAUGUUCAUUGCAACUGUGGUGCUACGUUGACUGUGAUUUCACUGG